AGAUCAUAGUGACAGUGGUUUUAUGACAUGCAGCUUCCUUGUUUAAGUCUAGAUGUAUUUCACGAGCUGCGUGCAGUCAUCCACAUUUCAUUGAUACCUGUUUCAGGCCCUUAGAAGGAUUUUUGUGAUCUGCAAUGUGCAGCUGGUGUUCUGUGUUGCUAUUCUAAGUCAUCUCACAGAAGGAUAUCCUCACACAUGUUCUGAAACAUCAGAACGAAGCAAAAUCGUUGGAGUUGGAGCACAUCAUGGAAGGUUAUAAGUCCAUAAGUUCCAUGAAGAAAUGGCUCCUCCUCUGCAUUCUCUGUAUUUUAUUGCCAUGUCUUCAUUAUGGUUGGCCAAGACAUUACCAAUUCUUCGCUUCCAGUCAGUGGCAUAAAAAUGGAGACAUGCUCAUCCUGCUGUGGCACUGGCCUUUUGGACAAUCGUACGGUCUGGGAGGUGAUGUAUGCUGGGAUCUUUACCGCAUCCCUCACUGUAAACUGGUGGACCAGCGCUCCCUCUUCCCCUCAGCUGAUGUUGUAGUGUUCCACAACAGAGAACUGAUACAGGGCAGCCAGAAGCUGCCCACUGAAUUCCCACGGCCGCGGGGCCAGAGGUGGGCCUGGAUGUCCCUGGAGUCACCAAAUCACAAUGGGAACUUGCAGCAGUUUGCAAAUAUCUUCAAUAUGACCAUGUCUUACAGGAGGGAUGCGGACAUCACAAUACCAUAUGGGGAGCUGCUGCCUAUGGAGUCUGAAGGAAGUCUGGUAGAAGACAACUCUGUGAAUAAGAGCUCCCUGGUCUGUUGGGUGGUUAGCAACUACCAGAGCCACCACAAAAGAAGCCGAGUGUUCAAAGAGCUCAGUGCUGUAGUUCCUGUGCAGGUUUAUGGGAACUGGAAACAGAAACCUCUCUCUUCUAAAGACCUCCUACCAACAAUCUCUCGCUGCUAUUUUUAUUUGGCUUUUGAGAACUCUGAGGCCAAAGAUUAUAUCACUGAGAAACUUUGGAAAAAUGCCUACCAAGGCGGGGCCGUGCCUGUUGUCCUGGGACCACCAAUGAGUCAUUACAAAGAUGUGGCUCCACCAAACUCCUUCAUCCAUAUUGAUGAAUUUAAAUCGGUUAAAGAAAUGGGGCAGUACCUGCAACAGGUUGCAGGAGACAAGAAACGAUAUGCUGAAUAUUUUAAAUGGAAACAACAUUGGAUGGUCAGACUGCAAACAGACUGGAGGGAAAGACUGUGUAAGAUCUGCUCUCAGGAAAACAGUUGUUCACCACAAUAUAAGGUUUACUCAGAUUUAGAGGCCUGGGACAAAGCUUUUAUUUAAGCAUUUGGCAUUGCAGCCAGUGGCGCCAGCAGGGGGUGGCCAAGGCCCCCCGUAUAAAUAUGCUGGCCACCCCACUCAUAGAUAUAUAUAAAGGCUAGAUGACUCGUCCGCGCUGCUGCCAAUGCAGAGCGACGUCGUCACACGGCGGCCAUCUUGCCACAGGAGAGACGCUCACUCAUAACAUUGUGUUCAAUGGAGCAUGUACUGCAAAACAACCUUAACUUGCUCAAUUC